GCUCGUCCCCGUCUCUUCCUGUCUUCAGAGGGAAGAGCAGACAUGACGACCCGCUCUGUGCGCGCUCUGUCCGGAACCCUGAAACCGCUCUUCAGCCCCCGGUCACCGCAGGGUUAUGUUGUGGCAGCCUGUCAUCAGACUCACAAGUCCACUUACACUGCUCCACCUGCUCGGUACGGAGGCAGACACACCGUGACUCUCAUUCCCGGAGAUGGCAUCGGACCAGAGCUGGCCAAACACGUGUGUGAGCUAUUCCGAUUCUGCUGUGUGCCUGUAGACUUCGAAGUCGUCAAUGUGGACUCGACUGAGACCUCAGAAGAUGAUAUCAAUAACGCCAUAAUGGCUAUCAGACGCAAUGGAGUUGCACUGAAAGGAAAUAUUGAGACCAACCACAACCUGCCACCUUCCUAUAAGUCCCGAAAUGGCCUCCUCCGUACCACUCUGGAUCUGUACGCCAGUGUGAUGCACUGCCAGUCCCUGCCAGGAGUGAGGACGCACCACAGAAACAUCGACAUCAUAACAAUCAGGGAAAACACGGAGGGCGAGUACAGCAGCCUGGAGCAUGAGAAUGUACCAGGUGUCGUCGAAUGUCUGAAGAUCAUCACCAGGACCAGAUCUUUACGCAUCGCCGACUACGCCUUCAGGACAGCUCGAGAGAAAGGACGCAGACGAGUCACCGCCAUCCACAAAGCUAACAUCAUGAAGUUGGGUGACGGCCUCUUCCUGGAGUGCUGUAAAGAGGUGGCCAGUGGUUACCCUGAAAUCACCUUCGACAGCAUGAUUGUGGAUAACACAACCAUGCAGCUGGUUUCCAGGCCUCAGCAGUUUGAUGUGAUGGUCAUGCCUAACCUUUAUGGCAACGUUGUGAGCAACGUGUGUGCCGGCCUGGUAGGUGGACCCGGCCUGGUGCCUGGAGCCAACUAUGGAGAAAACUACGCUGUGUUUGAGACGGGCACCAGGAAUACUGGGAAGAGCAUCGCUAACAGGAACACGGCAAACCCCACGGCCAUGCUGCUGGCCUCCUGUCUCCUGCUGGAUCACCUGAAGCUCCAGGGCUACGCCAGCAUGAUCCGCAAAGCCAUCCUCUCUACAAUCACUGAUUCCCGGCUGCACACUGCUGAUCUGGGAGGUAAGGGCUCCACAUCUGAAAUGGUCCAGUCCAUCAUGGAUGCAAUCCAGAGCACUGGACCUCGUACACAGCGGCACUAGAAACCAGAUGACUGUACGAUUGCACCUUUGAUUGUAAGACUGGACUGAAGCUGUAAUGUAUGGACAGCUUUUAUUUCCUGUGGGUUCAGUGGUUUAAAAAGCCCUCUGUGUAAAGCAGAAAUAUAUAUUAGUACUAUGAUAGAGAUUAUAUUUAAGAUUUCCUAAUUAUUGUAUGAAUAAUUUGUGAAACCGCAAAAAAAUAAAGCACCUGUUUGA